AUGAAUGAACGACAAAUUAUAUUUGAAUCAAUUUUACCAUCUGAACUUGAUCCAUCAAGAUAUUCAAAACCAAUUAUUGAUGGUAUUGAACAACCUUUAACAAUAACAUCAAUAAAUGGUGAAUGUGUUGUUCAAGUACCUGCACCACCAAAACUAGUCGCAUCAAUAAAAGAUGAUUUUGAAGAUGAUGAAUUAGUUGCUUAUGCUGAAAAUAUUGAAAAUAUUCGUCCUGAACUUCUAACAAAAGAAGAUAAAAAAAAAAAAGAUAUUAUAAAUAAUCCAUUAAAUAAAUAUCGUCGUGGUGUAUUAUCAGUAUCAGAUUUAUCUGCUCAAAUAUGGUGUGAACAACAAUUAGCAUAUAAAUUUCUUUAUCCAUUUAUUCUUAAUGAUGAUGGAGAAAUAAAACGUGUUGAUGAUAAAGCUCAUAUGUUACGUGGUACAUCAUUACAUUUAGAAAGAGAAUUAGAAAUUCAAAUAAAAAUUUCUAUUCAAUGUAAUACACGUGAAGAUUCUUAUGCUGUUAGAUUAUUAAAUAUGAUACAAGCCAUUCAUGGUUUAUUAACAUGGAAUAAACCAAAUCAACGUUAUAUAACACGUGAAAUGCCUAUAUUUGGAAAUAUGUAUGACGGUAAAUUAUAUUUUCGUGGUAUAAUUGAUGAAAUAAAUUAUGAUCCACAAACACAUAAAUUAGAAGUUGUAGAAUUUAAAACACGUGCAUCAAAAACAACACCUAAACCUCAACAAACUUAUACACAUGAAAUUCAAGUUAAUUUAUAUCGAACAUUACUUGAUGAACUUAUACAAGGAAAUGUUAAUAAAUCACUUUAUUUUCAACGUUUUAAUCUUGAAUCAACUAUGUCUUUAUCAGAUUCAGUAUUAAAUGAAUAUAAACAACAUGGUUUUACUGAUAUUCAUACACUUGAAAAUGCUUUUGAUUUAUUAAUUAAAUUAGCUUUUCAAAUGCCAACUAUAACAACAAAUGGUGCUAUUGAAUAUAUUCUUCAAUCUGAUGUAACAUGGAAACAUCGAAAAGAAUUUCAACGUGAUGAAGAUCAUCUUAAAAAUUUACUUAUUAAAAGUGAAUCUUAUUGGCUUGGUAAACGUGAAGCUGAAGGUGUUGAUAUUGAAGAUGCAUUUAAAUGUCAAUGGUGUGAUUAUAAUAAUAUAUGUACAUGGCGUGAAGAAAAAGCAAAUGAAUUUUCAAGAAAAAAAAGACGAUUUAAUUAA